ACCUUCAUUGUAGAUCCAACUAGUUUGAUUUCUGGUGAGUUACUACAACAAGCUGAUAGUUUCCAUAUCAACAAUGCUCCGACUAAAAUUGGUAUUGUCUUUGUUGUUAAUGAUGAAAAAGUGAUAGAUGGUAGGAACGAUGUCGGCGUGGCAAUCAUGAGAGCUUACAACUUCGCCAAGAGCGACCGUGGAGCUGGUAGGGCCCUGACUUUCCUGACCAGGAUAUAUAAAAAAGCUGGAACAGAUGAGGUGACAGUUGACCAUGUGAUCGAACAACUGAAUAAAGUAUUCCCUGGUGAAGACAUUGAUGACAUUCUAGGAGAAGAUUCUGAUUAUGAUGAUAAACGAAUGGCAGGGAAAGCUUUCUUUGACCGAACUGGACUUGGAGAACUUCCUCAAGUAUUACUUAAUGGUGUUCCAAUGAAGAAAGAUGAGAUGGAUCCUAAUGCUUUUGAGGAAGCAGUGCUGACGGACAUCUUGCAACAAACAACAGAUUUUCAGAAGUCAGUCUGGCAGGGUGAUAUCACUGAUCAAACUGAUCUAUUGGACUAUCUCAUGUCCAGACCUAAUGUUAUGCCAAGACUAAAUCCUAGGAUUCUUACACCUGAUAUAAAACACAUAGAUCUCAGUUCACCUACAGGUGACACUGAUGCAAAUGUUUAUGAAGCUUUUUCUCAAUUGAAACCAGGGGAGAUGUCAGCAACAGUGGCCAAUUCUAUGAAAUAUAUGACUAAAAGAGAUGAUUACAGUGUAAGACCAGUGACUAACUGGAUAGUGUGUGAUUUGGAGACUGAACAAGGCAGACUUCUAUUACGUGAUGGUAUUAAACAAAUGAAAAAUUCCAACAAAGUACGGGUUGGCAUCUUGAACAAUCCAUUUCGUGAACCCUCAGAUGGGAGUCAUUGGCUGGCACGUGCUGUCAACGCUGCUCUGCAAUCACAGACGAAGAAUAACGCCAAAAACUUCAUUGUGAAGUUAUUAAAGGAAGAGAACAUAGUUGAAAUCAAUGAUGGAAAAAAGACAGUUCAAGAUUUGGCUGUUAGUGGAAUGGAUUUAGCUGCAUUUAAUCAACUAUUUGAUAACAAAUCUACUGGUUUUGUCAAAUCACAUCAACGUUUCUGUCAAUAUAUCUUGGGUGUAGUGCCAGGUGGUAGAGCUAUAGUGUCGAAUGGAAAAUUAUUUGGACCAUUGAAGCAGGAUGAAGAAUUUGGUCUGGAAGACUUUAACUUAUUAGAGAAAUAUGUGAGCGGAGUAGCCGCUGAAAACAUACAAUAUAAGAUGAGAAGUUUGAAUAUAUCGAGAGAUGAGAUAGAUGGGCUGAGUGACUUAGUGAUGAAAGUGGAUGCUUUAUUAACAGCAAAUCCACAAACUGAGGAACGUAAAGCAUAUGACUUUAAAGCAUCAGAACACAGUUUUUAUCGUUAUGUACUGGAACCAGAAGUUGGCUUUAGACCUGAUGGCAGUUUUACAGCUGGUCCCAUUGCCAAGUUCAAUGAUUUGCCACAUGAUAUACUCUUGACUCUUAACAUGAUGACACCAGAAGGAUGGUUAGUAGAGUCUGUCAGAUCACCGUAUGAUUUAGAUAACAUCAAAUUGUCAGAGGUUGAGAGUUAUGUGUAUGGUCAUUUCGAGUUGGAGUACCUUCUUUUAGAAGGUCAUUGCAUUGACCUGACGACAGGUCAGCCGCCCAGAGGAAUGCAGUUCACAUUAGGAACUAAUAACCAGCCAGUAACUGUGGAUACAAUUGUCAUGGCAAACUUGGGUUACUUCCAACUCAAAGCUAAUCCUGGAGCAUGGUUACUAAGACUAAGACAAGGACGAUCAGCAGAUAUUUAUGAGAUUGCCAACCAUGAUGGAACAGAGACUCUGACAGACUCGGACGAUGUUGUCGCAGUCAUGGAUAGUUUUAAAAGUAAAAUACUCCGAAUCAAAGUUCAAAAGAAACCAGAAAAGAUGGAGGAAGAUUUGUUAGUGAGUGACGAUGAUGAUGAAGAUGAGGAUGGUGGAAUCUGGCAUUCCAUUUCAAGUUCCUUUUCUAGUUUCACUGGAAGAGGAGGAGAAGACAACAAAGAUAGUAAAAAGAAGAAGAAAUCUGAUGAAGAUAAAGAUCAGACAUUGAACAUCUUCUCACUCGCAUCAGGCCAUUUGUAUGAAAGAUUUCUCAGAAUAAUGAUGUUAACUGUUUUGAAAAAUACAAAAUCUCCAGUCAAGUUUUGGUUUCUUAAAAAUUAUCUCUCACCAACAUUCAAGGAAUUUAUACCACACAUGGCAACGGAAUAUGGAUUUGAAUAUGAGUUAGUACAGUAUAAAUGGCCACGAUGGUUACAUCAACAAACUGAGAAACAAAGAAUUAUAUGGGGGUAUAAAAUACUUUUCUUAGAUGUACUUUUUCCACUGGAUGUUCAAAAAAUUAUUUUUGUGGAUGCUGAUCAGAUUGUGAGAACAGAUCUACAGGACUUGGCUGAUUUUGAUCUUGGAGGUGCUCCCUAUGGUUACACACCAUUUUGUGAUAGUAGAAAAGAAAUGAAUGGUUUCCGAUUCUGGAGAUCAGGUUAUUGGGCUUCUCAUUUAUCUGGAAGAAAAUACCAUAUUAGUGCUUUGUAUGUUGUUGAUUUGAAGAAGUUUCGCAGAAUUGCUGCAGGAGACAGGUUACGUGGACAGUACCAAGGACUUAGCCAAGAUCCUAAUAGUUUAUCUAAUUUAGAUCAGGAUUUACCAAACAACAUGAUACACCAAGUUGCAAUUAAAACUUUACCACAAGAAUGGUUAUGGUGUGAAACAUGGUGCAGUGAUGAAGAGUUAAAGACUGCAAAAACUAUUGAUUUGUGUAACAAUCCUUUGACAAAAGAACCCAAGUUAACAGCAGCCAUGCGUAUAAUUCCAGAAUGGACAGAUUAUGACAAUGAAAUAAAAGCGUUACAGGACAGGAUAGCAAAUAGUUCAGUAAAAACAAAAACAGAAAGUAGUAAAACAAAAGAUAUUCAUGUAGAGUUAUAGCACCAAGCUCACAAGAAAGUACCAAGUAUUUCUACAUCUUCUAAAUUAUCUUGUAUUGUACAUGUCAUCAUUACCUAGAUCAUGUAUUGUACAUGCCAUCAUUACCUAGAUCAUGUAUUCAAAUCUACUAGUCUUGCCUAAGUGUAUAACAAUUAGAGGGAGGGAUGUAGGGGUAAGAACAUUAGAGGAGGGAGGGGACAUUUAGAGUGGGGGGGGCAUUGGGGUUGGAGAGAGAAAGAGGGAAUGUUGGAGAAGGGAGUGAAAAGAUCAUUGGAGGGUUUGAGGAGAAAGGAACAUUGGGGUGGGGUGAAAGAACAUUUAGGGGAAGGGAACAUUGGAGAGGACAGAGCAGUAAUACUGUGUCACUUGGGUGAUUUUUUUUCUGUAUUAUGUUGAGCUAUUAGGUUUUAGUAAAAUAAGAAACCUGUUUUAAAUCACUUCUUCUAAAGUUUAUUUUUGUAAAACAAUUCCAAUUACUGCUUUCAAUUUAGUUAAGCAGAGAAUACAUUGUGUUUACUUGCUUGACUGGGAUAACCAUUCUUUUGUUUUUAUAUAGACAAUGUUUCUGGUUUCCUGAUUGGGAUAUGUGUGGGAAUCUGGUUCAAAUGCAAUUUACAAAUAAUAAAAUAUAUUGGAUAUUUAGAUCAGUAACGCAAUCAUCA